AUGGCGACGAGAGGAUCAAUUUCACGCAGCACGGAGGCAGUGAGGCAACUUUUCCAGGUCGAGGAGGUUACCGAGGAUAUGCUGCUCAAGCUACAAGAGGAUCAGAAUUUCGAAUGGGAUGAAGACGAGGGUUUUCUUGUACUUAUCCCGACCACAGGCGGCGCAACCUACGAGGGUUAUGAGCGAGCGACAGAACAGCAAAUUCGCCAAGCCCUCAAGGCUACUGAAGAAGAGCAAGAGGCCAAUGAUCUGGGCUACAGAUACUGGCUUGCCCAAACACUGCAUUACGGCUUUAGACCGCGAUUUUCUUUGAAGCGCAUGCAAAACAAGUUCAGAAAGAUUCUGAAAACGGAAAAAUCUCUCGAGCCUCCCAUCCAUCUCCUGCGCUUGAGUCUACGGCUCUCAGACGCUGCCAGAAACGAGCGGUCUUCCAAUCCUGCUUUUUGCAUUCAGGAUAUACCCGAAACCCUGGAUCAGCUCAAGCAAGAGGACCAAGAUGCAGAUGGCGAGAAACCAGAUAACGACGCAGUCGCUGAUGAAGAUGGCGAAGAAGGACACGGUGACGAGAAUGAAGAUAGCAAUGCCGAAGGAGGAGACAGUGACAAGGAUGAGGAUCGGGACAGCAACAUUUCUGCAGAUCAAGCGACCGAGCUGCAAGACGUUCCGCUGUCCUCGAUCGAGAGCACCGGGCGCGAUGUAUCCGACAUUUCCGAGACAGAAUCUCGAGACUCAAGCGAAGAUGAACUUGACUCGUCAUCGAGUGAAGAUGAGCGGACAUAUUCGGUCUAUCAGGACGGCGAAGAGGAUGCUGACAGCGACGACUCUGAGUCUGGCAUGCAGGCUAUCCGCAGAUCGAUUCGACUCAGCCACAAAUCAGCAAAGAAGAAGCAGCUUAACCGAGAGCAAUCGCCCAGUGGCGCUAGUGGUGAUCGGCGAGGCAAACGCACAGCUGCCGAAGCAACCGUGCCUCGAAGUCCUACCACUCGCCUUUCGCAAUGGCGCCGCCCACGCGUGCAAGUCCGAGUCCCAGCACGUUUCGAUGACAGGGACUCAUACCCACCUGCGGCAUCGUUCCCGUCAGCACAAACCAUUUUCGACCCUCCUCGGUCGACCUCAUAUCCUUCACACGCAAUCCGCGAGUCGGACGGUAUUGUGUCUGCCCAACAACCCUCCAACAUGGGAGCUGGAGUCUCAACCGAGUCAAGGGUCGGUGCUGCUGAUCCUGAGGAAAGAGAAGUUGUUCUUGCGUCAAGAUCAAAGAGGUCCCCACAAAUCUCAAGUAAGUUUCACGUGGCGGUGUUCUAUCUACUCGAGAAUGUCGCCCAGCUUUCCUUCCUGUAA